UGCCGGGCGGCAGCGCCGGGGCGGCCGGGGGAUGCGGCGCUGAGGGCGCUGCGGCGGGCACCGGGCAGCCCGGCUCCUGCUUCGCCGCCGUUUGCCUUCCCGCAGUCCAUGAUGUGCCUGGAAAGCGACGGCUCCUCCGGCAGCAGCCCGGGCUGCGGCGGGCGGCUGCGAGCCGGCGACGAAGAGGAGGAGGAGGACGGCGAGCGGGGCUGCUGCGGCCGGGGCGCCGAGGGCGAGGUGCAAACGCUGUCGGGCAGGAUGAACCCGCCGCUCACCGGCAAGCAUCCCGAGCGCCCCGCCGCCCGGCACAAAGCUCCGAGCCUCGGCAGGGCGCGGGUGGCCGCCGCCGGCAUCCUCAGCGUGGGCAACGUGCUCAACUACCUGGACCGGUACACGGUGGCAGGUGUGUUACUCGACAUCCAGCAGCACUUUGGAGUCAAAGACAGUGGGGCUGGCUUACUACAGACAGUUUUCAUCUGUAGUUUCAUGGUCGCGGCACCCAUCUUUGGUUACCUUGGUGACCGUUUUAACAGAAAGAUCAUCCUCAGCUGUGGGAUCUUCUUUUGGUCGGCAGUCACUUUUUCAAGCUCCUUCAUCACUGAGCAGUAUUUCUGGCUCCUUGUGCUCUCACGAGGUUUGGUUGGCAUCGGUGAAGCGAGUUAUUCCACUAUCGCACCAACCAUCAUUGGAGACCUUUUCACCAAGAACACAAGAACCCUCAUGCUGUCCGUGUUCUACUUCGCAAUUCCCCUUGGCAGUGGCUUGGGAUACAUCACCGGCUCAAGCGUGAAGCAGGUUGCUGGGGACUGGCACUGGGCGCUGCGGGUAUCGCCACUCCUGGGGAUGAUAACAGGGACGCUCAUAUUGAUAUUUGUUCCUGCUGCUAAAAGAGGAAAUGUGGAACAACUUGGGGGACAGCUGAAGGCUCGGACCUCGUGGCUGAGGGACAUGAAAGCUCUCAUCAGAAACCGCAGCUACGUGUUCUCAUCGUUGGCCACCUCAGCUGUCUCCUUUGCCACAGGGGCGCUUGGCAUGUGGAUCCCUCUCUACCUUCACAGAGCACAGGUCGUGCAGAAGACAGCAGAGACCUGCAGCUCACAGCCCUGCAGCACCAAAGAUAGCUUGAUCUUCGGCGCAAUCACAUGCUUCACUGGUUUCCUGGGUGUAAUCACAGGGGCCGGGGCAACCAAAUGGUGCCGGUCAAAAACCCAGCGAGCUGAUCCUCUCGUCUGUGCUGUCGGCAUGCUGGGAUCAGCCAUCUUCAUCUGUUUGAUCUUCGUUGCUGCCAAGAGCAGCAUCGUGGGAGCCUAUAUUUGCAUUUUUAUCGGAGAAACUCUUCUGUUUUCAAACUGGGCUAUCACAGCAGACAUACUAAUGUACGUGGUCAUCCCAACCCGCCGUGCAACCGCAGUGGCCUUGCAGAGUUUCACUUCACACCUCCUGGGAGAUGCUGGCAGUCCCUACCUGAUCGGAUUUAUCUCGGACCUGAUACGACAAAGCACAAAGGAGUCCCCAGUCUGGGAGUUCCUCAGCUUGGGGUAUGCACUCAUGCUCUGCCCAUUUGUCGUUGUCCUAGGAGGGAUGUUUUUCCUGGCCACAGCCCUCUUCUUCCUAAGUGACCGAGCCAAAGCUGAACAACAGUGCACUUUGCAAUCCUCCGGAAGCCAAAACAAACACGCACAGUCAUGGCAGAGCCCUACAGAAACGGAUCAGCAAUCCCAUGACCUUACUUUUAUUCCCGAGCUCCAUCACCGAUACCUGUGCAGCCUUGGCAGACUCCAGCCAGAAGGCAGCUUGCAGAGGUCAGGAGUAUUUCAGGGUGAAUCAACUUGUGAUGCCACCAGCCUCUGUGAAAGUCUGAGACGUUGCAGUGAAGGAAAUGACACAUGGACUCCUGCUCCUCACUACCGCCACACCAAUCUCAGGCUGGAAGCCCUUCCGUACUGGAAACCAGUGGAUCCUUCAGCUCCACACCACGCAGGAAGGGUGAUCCAGCACCAGAUCCAUCGCACCGCUCCCGCCUGCGGGGUCAGGCACCAGAUGAGCAGGGCAGCCUGGAACACAAGUACUUCUCGAGUAUAAGGACGUUCACAGGU